GACUCCGACUUCGGCAGUUCGGACGACAUCGAUUCAUCAGGCACCAGCGACAAACUCCAGCCUCAGGUCGCACGACUUCCAAUUCGCAACUCCGUAACUCGACCUCGACGCUCUCAAUCACGGUGAUUACACCAGGGAUGGGUUACAUUGAAAUCACUGGAACCCAUAUUUUUAAGUAGCAGAAAGUAGCCUUGAGUUAUGAUGGGGCAUUCGUCCUUCAAAUUUGCAAAAUCUUACGAUACAAAAACUGCAACUUAUAUGAUUUGUGAUGGUCAUCUUCAUCUUGAGAUCUCUUAAUUGUACUCGUAAACCCUACCCAAAUUUCAUCCUUGGUUUCUCUUUCCAGACUCGAUCUCUCCUACCUUAUAAAGAGCAACCCACCAACUGGAACACGACUCACUCUUUCAUCCUCUCGAACCCAUUGUUAUGUCUACUAGAAAAAUGCAGAUCAAUGACUCAAAUGAAACAACUCCAGACGCAAAUGAUCAUAACGGGAUUAAUCUCAGAUGGAUUAGCUGCAAGUCGAUUAGUUGCCUUUUGUGCCAUUUCAGAAUCAAGAAAUCUUGAUUAUUGUAAAAGAAUAUUGAACAAUUUACAGAACCCAACGGUGUUCUCAUGGAAUGUAACAAUUAGGGGUUACAGCGAGAGCGAAAACCCCAAAGAAAGUUUUCUUUUGUAUAGGGAGAUGUUGAGAAGGAGCAAAGGGUUACGACCAGAUAAUUAUACAUACCCCUUGUUGCUCAAGUGUUGUGCAAAAUUGUCUUUGGUUCGGGUGGGUUUGGGGGUUAUUGCACAUGUUAUUCAUUUGGGUUUCGAAUCUGAUGUGUAUGUGAACAAUGCCGUUAUCCAUGUUUUUGUGUCAUGUGGAGAAUUAGACGAGGCACACAAAGUGUUCGAUGAAAGUUGUCUGCGAGAUUUGGUGUCUUGGAAUUCAAUUAUUAAUGGAUAUGUUAGGAGUGGGAGGCCAUGGGAGACCUUGAGAUUGUACGGGCAGAUGGAGCAGGAGGGGAUUAAGCCAGAUGAAGUUACCAUGAUAGGGAUGAUAUCUUCUUGUGCUCAGCUGGAAAACUUGAAUCUUGGGAUGAAAUUCCAUCGAUAUGUUGAAGAAAAUCGAAUAAAAAUGACGGUUCCACUUAGUAAUGCCUUAAUGGACAUGUAUGUAAAGUGUGGGAAUAUGGACGCCGCAGAGAGCUUAUUCGACAAGAUGGCUAAGAAAACAAUCGUGUCUUGGACCACCAUGAUCGUUGGUUAUGGUAAACACGGCUGUGUGGAUGAUGCAAAGAAACUGUUUGAUGAAAUGCCUGAAAAAGAUGUGGUUCCAUGUAAUGCCAUGAUUGGUGGUUACAUUCAUGCCAGACGUUUUAAAGAUGCAUUGGCUGUGUUCCAUGAAAUGCAAGCUAUGAAGAUUAAACCUGAUGGGGUGACCAUGGUUUAUUGCUUGUCUGCAUGCUCGCAACUUGGAGCACUCGAUCUUGGAAUUUGGAUUCAUCAUUACAUAACAAAACACAAUCUUUCAAUAAAUGUUGCUUUGGGUACCGCAUUAGUUGACGUGUAUGCCAAAUGUGGUAACAUAUCAAAGGCACUCCAAGUGUUCGAUGAAAUCCCUAUCCGAAAUUCCUUAACCUGGACAGCCAUAAUAGUUGGUCUUGCCAACCAUGGCAAUGCUCAUGAUGCCAUAUCGCAUUUCUGGGAGAUGAUCAAGAUCGGUCUAACCCCAGAUGAUGUCACAUUUCUAGGUGUCCUAUCUGCUUGUUGUCAUGGUGGUUUGGUAGACGAGGGUCGCAAUAUUUUCUCUCAAAUGAGGUCCAAAUUCAACAUUUUUCCCAAACCUAAACACUAUUGUUGUAUGGUAGACCUUCUGGGCAGGGCUGGGUUACUGGAAGAGGCCGAAGAGCUCAUCAAGAACAUGCCAAUCGAAGCAGAUGAUGGUGUCUGGGGAGCAUUGUUUUUCGGUUGUAGAAUUCAUGGGAACGUUGAGAUGGGCGAACGAGCAGCUUUGAAACUUCUUGAAUUGGAUCCUAGUGAUGGUGGUAUCUAUGUUCUAUUAGCCAGUAUGUAUUGGGAAGCAAAGAUGUUUGGGAAGUCUAUGGAGGUGAGGAAGUUGAUGAAGGAAAGAGGAGUAGACAAAACUCCUGGUUGCAGUUCAAUUGAGGUUGAUGGAAAUGUUUAUGAGUUCAUUAUUAGAGACAAAUCACACCCUCAACAUCAAAGAAUAAUUGAAUGCUUGGUUCAUCUAACAAAUCAACUUGAAGGUUCUGAAGAUGUAGAUAUCAGUUCAUUUUACUACUCUUUAGGGUAAAUGUCAGGUUACAUACGUCAUAUCAAACCACUUUGGGUGGGACAUAUUGGGUUGGUUUGAAAAGACUUCGUUUAUACAAAGAAAACCAUAUUGAAGAUCUUCGUCA